AUGGCUGGACACAUCGACAAAACUCUAUUAGAUACCGAUCUACGAUAUCGUUUUGACUACGUAUCAAAAUUUCUCAAUUUUACUGCGGAUGAUAUUGCUAUGCUUAAUGCUUUUUCUCAAAUAGCUCAUCCACUCAUUCCGUCAGUGGUCGAGGGUAGUUAUCAAAAAUUACUCGAAUCUGACAUAACCACACAGUAUUUUCUUACAAAAAAUUACGGAUUUGAAGGCACUAUGACAACAGAUGCGACACAAGUCACGGUAAAAUCCGAGCAAAUGAUAUUUCGUAUAAAUCAUAUGCGUAAAUAUUUAUCACGAAUUUUACGUCAACGCAUAUGGAACGAUGCAUUUCUGGAUUUUUUGUCAAAUGUGGGUAAAAUGCAUACCAAUAUGGCAGGUGCACGCUCGAUUAAUGUUGACUAUAUUCAUAUAAAUGCUUUAUUCGGUCAUCUUCAAAAUGUUCUUAUCGACGCUGUUUUAAGUAAUGAUGAGAUUGAUGCAGCAACGAAGAAAGCAACUCUGCUUGCACUUAACAAAUUAUUCUGGAUUCAAAAUGACUUGUUUGUCAUGCAUUACAUUGCUGAAUCAAAAAAUGGUCAUUGA